AUCGGAACGCAACCGAAAUACAAUAUCGACGCUGUCGACAAAUACAUUGUAAAGCGUAUACCUAUCCCAGUCUGCACCUUUGCUUCCGAUACCCGUCUCAUCGUUAUCCGUUCGUUCGACGUCAACAAGCCUGGUGCUGAGGUCGAUGAGCUCAAAGGUGGUGUUCUAUCCUCAGACUUCCUACGGGCUAAGGGAGGACGUCAAGAUUCAUCUGAAGAUUAUAACAAAAGACGCUCAGGGCUGGAACCAUGCAAACCUGUUUUCAGCAGGAUCGUCUCUCUGCACGCCAAGAACAAUCACUUGCAGUUUGCAGUUCCGGAUGGGCUGAUUGAUGUUCGGACCAAGAUUGAUCCUACGCUGAGCAGAGCGAAUCGUCUCGUUAGUCAAGUGCUGGGUGCGGUUGGGAAGCUCCUGAAGAAUCUAAAGCUUGAAAUAUGUUCGUUCCUUCUCCGCCAUUUGCUGGGCGUUCGUACAGAGGAGAAGAAACAAACAGAGGUCUCGAAACUCGUCAAGAACGGGUUCCUGCUGAUUAACAUUGGUUCGACAUCGACUGGUGGGCGGGUAUCGAGCGUGAGAGGGGAUCUCGCGAAGAUUCAACUGACUUCACCCGGAUGUACUGAGGUUGGAGAGAAAGUGGCGCUUUCGAGACGUAUCGAGAAACCCUGGCGGCUUGUA